AUGGCUCGUACUACCAGAUCUACCAGUGGUUCUUCUGAAGAACAACUUCCCCGUUUCUUUGCCAAGAAUGGCCAUUACAACCAAGACCCCAACAAGGUCAAGAAAGACGGUCACGGCAGAGGCAAUUGGGGUAAAGAGGGCGACGAGAUCGAGGACCUCGAGCAAACUGGCGAGUUCAAUUUCAACCACACCCGUCGUCGAUCUAACUCGACCACUGGUAACCACCCCGACAUGAACUCUCAAACCAAGUUUGAUAGAAACGACGAGGUCUUUGAAGAAGACUUUUAA